CCAAAGGCAAGCACAGCAACAGACGACCAUCACCUGGCGACAAGGGACCUACUCAAUCUCAGCUGUAUGUGUGCAUGCGCGUGCCUGAGGUGGUAGGCAGUGUUAAUGGUCAGCGCAUAGCCUUCUUGGAGGGGGUGGUGCUGACUGUGGGUCCGGACGACGGGGCUCUGUUGGUACAGAAAGAUAUCUUCAGGAAACGCGAGGCCGCCUAUGCGUACGGUGACGGUGCCAGUCGAACACCCAAACACGCCAAGGCUAAACGCAGCAGCUCUAAACCAAGCGCAAGUAGUACCACUGGUACUGCCAAUGCGAAGCCUGUUGUUGCACCUGACAGGCCGUACAAUGCGAGUUACACGGCCCACAAUCUCAAGUCUCUCUACAA